AUGGGACCGAGUCACCUCCUCCGGGCGGCGUUGCCCAUCCGGUCGAUCGCAUCGCCGUUGACCCUGGCACGAUCAACAAUCCUUCCAUCCACACACGCAAUCGCCCAAUCCCUUCGAUACGCCUCGACAGAAUCUGCGGAGCCUGUUCCGCCAAACCCCGUGUCACCGACAACUCCCCCUCCCAAAUUAUCUAGCAGCAAGAAGCUCCAACCGCCCGCCGCGCUCCGUACCUAUGCCUACUCCCUCAAGACCGGCACCGUCGUGUCGGUUGGCCGCAUGGAGCGCACCGUUACCGUCUCCCACCGUCAUAAUGUGUGGGACAAGCACAUCCGGAAGUUCUAUCCCCAGGAAACCAAUUUUCUUGUCUCCGACCCGCGUAAUUCUCUCCGCGAGGGCGACGUGAUUGAGUUCUCAUCUGGCAUGCCCAAGAGCCGCCAUGUUAGCCAUGUUGUCGAGCGCAUCAUCACUCCCUUUGCCACACCAAUUCAAGAUCGCCCCGCGGUUAUGUCGCGUGCGGAGCGCGAGGUGGAGCGUGAACAGCAAUGGGCGGCAAAGUACUUGCGCCGAGAGUCGCGGCGGCUAGGCGAAGAGGUUGAUAUCCAGAAGCGUACUCAGCACCUUAGGAAGAAGGGUGUCGAGUAUUCGGAUGCCGAUCUUAUCCGCUUGUACCAUGGGGGAAAGGCUCGUGUUGGACGGAUUAAGGGACUGGUUGAGAAGCGGGCUGCUGAGUUGCAGGAGAGCGAGAAUCUCGAGGAGCAGCGCAAAUAUGAGGACUGGCUCCGGCGGAAGAGCUUGUGGGAAUUCCACGAAGCUGCGCGUGAGCAAGCCCGGCGCCUGGAGGAAGCGCGCCAAGAAUCUUGA